GGUCAAAUAAAAAUAAACAUGUUAACGUGAAAACUGAAAAUAAUGGAGACCGAUAUUUUACACCUGGCAGAUAUUUUAAGGCCUUCUAGUCGUGAUAUAUUUAGUGGCAAAGGUAAACUAUGUUUAUCCGCUAAUUAUCUGAACAAACUGAACAAUGGCAUUGAUGCGAACAUUGAAGAAGACAUAAAUUCAUUCCAAAUCGUCAAGACGAACAAUGCAAAGACCAAUCUGAUUAGAGAUGUGCAAUUUUUGUUAGAUUUAAUAAGAAAAACGACAAGUUUGAAGUUGAUUCCGGACGAAACGGUGCAAUACAACGUAGUGGAUAUCACAAAGUUCAAGAACGUCAAGAAACUGGAGAUUACAAAAUUAGAUGUAAAUAUCGUGAUUGGUCUGCAAAAACUCCGAUCUCAAAUUCAAGAAUUGACGUGCUGUAGAAAUUUAAAGUCCCUAAGUAUACUUCUGGAGGAAUGCGGUGGUGAUAAAAGCCAACCUUAUAUUUGGAACGAAUUGAGGAUUGCAAACUUGUGUUACAACGAAAUCGUUGAAAUCGACAACAGCUUUGAGUGUACCCCUUCUUUACACACUCUAGAUUUAAGCCAUAACAAUCUGAACAAGGCUGAUUUCCUGAAUCUCUUACCAAACUUAAAGCACUUGAAUCUUUCUUAUAACAAAUUAGACGCUGCACCGAAUUUCAAGGGGCAAAUAAAAAACAGACUGCAAGUUUUGGUGUUAAACAACAAUUUCAUUGAAGAUUUGAGCGGAAUUUUAUCCCUUGUUAGUUUAAUGCAGUUAGAUUUGGGCCACAACUGUCUAUUAGACCACAAAUCGCUGCUGUCGAUAUCUCACUUGGUAUCCCUUCAAUGGCUGAAUUUGCAGGGAAAUCCGAUGUGCUUUCAUUCUCAACACAGACAAAUGACGUGCAACUACCUAACCAAAAACGCCAAAACGGUCAAGUUUUCCUUAGACGGCUCCGCUUUGAGCAAAAUUGAGAAAAGCCUGACCGGAUCGCUCUACCCCAUAUCACAGCUACUUCUCGCAUCGUCUUCCUCUACCAACUCCAUGGAAGCCCUGAACAGCACUCAAGAGAAGCAAAAGAAAAUACGCAACGUAACAAUAGAAGACGUCAAUGCGGUAAAAGAGAAGUUCCCCGUGUCCACACCGCCCACCCCUUCGCAGCACUUAGAGAUCAAGAGGCAAGUCGAACAACUCCGGAAAGAGUACGGGGAGUCCUGGUUGUACAAGGACUCCGGCCAGAUGGUCCAGGACGUGCUGGGUUUCGAUAAAAGCUCGAUAAUAUCCUCGACCCCGCUAGAAAACAACAUGGAGAACAACGCUCGAGCGAUCGAAGAGGCUGCCGACAACAGCGACUUCAAAACAGCUGAUCUCAUCGACACUGCCAAGACUGACGAAGAAUUCCUUACAGCCGAACAAACUGUGUUUAAUUCAACCGCUAAACUCGAUGAUGAGGAGGUCAUCUCGGACGGGGAAGACGUGUUUUCCGGCGGGGAGGAUUGCAUGUUCCUCGCGAACAAUUGCGGGGACGGCAGCCAGGUGUUUGUGGUGGUUACGGAGAGUCACAUAUCAGAACGAGACGUUACCACGAGCAAGGAAAGGGCGAGGUGGCACGUGAAUACUAUUAUUUCCUGCGAGCCGAGCGAGGAGGGUGGCAGCAAAAUUAAACUGGAGUUCGAUACGUUGAGGAGAGACAGGAAACAGAGGGUGUACGAGCUGAGCCCGGAGGAUGUGAGUAAUUUUUACGAGUCAAUUAAGGAGAAAAUCGAGAACGUGUCGGAAACGGAGGAGAAGAAUUUGACUUAUCAAUGCAUGAAGUGUUCACAGACGUUUCAAAGGAGCAAAAACGCGCUCUUGGAACAACCCACGGUUAUUUGCCCUCAAUGUUCUAGUAAUAUUGUAGUGGAAACGGCGUGAGAAAUAUUUCGUUAUUCUAGUCUUAAAAGUUUUUUCAUAGUUGUUGAGGCAACUGUAUAUUUUAAUGUUUUAUGCGAUAGAGAAUUUUAUAUAUUUUUGUGUAGAAUACGUGUAAAAAUGUGGCCUUUAUGAAAUAUUUGAAUUUUAUUACAUCGCUCUAUUUUUGAUGUCUUAAAAUCUAAUUUAUGUAUUACGAAACUAAACGUAAGUAUUUAAAGUGUUAUUAUUCCCGCCAGCUAUUUUCUGUCUUAAAAUACUUCAUUUAUUUUGAUACCUCUUAUUUUUUUGUAAACAUUUUUCCAUUGUAACAAUA